UCCGAGUCUGACAGAGAAACACUAAAGUUAGAGGCAUUAAACUGAUCAGAGCAGCUGUCGAGAAGUCAGGCAUUUAUACAACAAACCGUUUAUCACGUUUGAAACUAUAACUUCACGUUAAAUCACGCUUCAAGUUCCGAGCUAACUAUGCUAACGUUAACUUUAGCCACAGCUGCUAACCGAAGCUGAUUAAUGUGAGGAUCAGCUGAUCGGGCCGAGCUGGAGAGACUCACAGGAUGCUCCAGGGGCCGUACGGCAGCCUGGAACGGGACCGGCUGCUCCUCCGGUUGCCGUUGACCAGCUUCAGCGUGUUGACGGUUCUGCUUCCUCUGGUCGGACUCAUCGCCUGCCUCUUCAUCGCUCUCAUGUUUCACUUUGAAGACGCCACAUACACACACUGUGGGGUGACUAACUUCCUCCCGUCCAUCAGCGCUGCCAUCAGUCGCGUCCCGGAGCGUUACAUCUGGCGCUGCUGCAUCGGCCUUCACUCCGCUCCUCGCUUCCUGCUGUCGGCGGCGUACUUCAGCUUCUACCGCGGACGCUUCGCCUCCUCCCGUCUGGAGCUGCUGAUGAGCGGACUGACGCUGGUCUGCAGCCUGGCCGAGAACAGCGGCCUGCUGCUGCUCACAUACGUCUCCUCCACAGAGACCUACAACGUUCAUAAAAACGGUUUCAUCGUGUUCAUCGUCAGCUCGCUGCUGCACAUGCUCAGUACGUGCUUCCUGUGGCAUCGGAUCAACAGACACUCCAUGCAGACCGAGGAAGUGACAUCAUACCGUUGGAAGCGGCGACUCUUCCUGGUGAACAUCAGCUGCUGCUUAGCUGCGGCGUAUUUCUUCAGACGUCACAACAAAUACUGUGAGACAGGAGUCUACACCUUGUUCGCCCUCUGUGAGUACCUGAUGGUUUUCUCCAACAUGGCGUUCCACAUGACGGCGUUCUGGGACUUUGGGACCAAAGAGUUGAUCGUAGCGACGCCGUCAGAGGACAAACGAUACUGAAGGAAGGAAGGAAGGAAGGAAGGAAGGAAGGAAGGAAGGAAGGACAAACGAUACUGAACACUUUCUAAAAAAACCAAAAGACUCAAAAAACCUUUAUUUUACAUUUUAAGAUUAAAGUUUGAUCAAC